GGCGGUCACCAUUUUGUAAUAGAACAUGGUCAUGUGAUUGAAAGACUAUUCAUUCCUUUAUUUUAGAGAGUUGAUUGAAUUACGUCACAGAACAACAAGAAAAAUGUCUGAAAAGUAAGAGCCAUGUGCUAUAUCCAAAGAAAAAAAAGUACAGAAUAUGGUAUUUUGUAAUGAAAAUAGGUCAACUUUAGACCCUUAUAUUUCAAGUACUGUUGUCUAGGCAUAAAAUGGCAUGCAUAAUUUAUGUUACAAAAUCUGUAUUGUAACUAAUUUUGCCAUCUGAUAGUCUGUGGUUGACUGCUAUAAGCUGCUAAAACGAUUCUUGUAAUGUGUGUACUGACGGCCAUUUUUGUAAUUUUUUAAAUUAUCUCCCUUGGCAAAAGUUGCACAAUUACAGAUAAAACAAUUUUUUUGAUAUGUUAAAUAUUGAAGGGGGCUAUGUUUGUUGAGAUGAUAAUAUUCAGUCAGCAUAUAAUGUUUAUGUUUUAUAUGUUAUUUCAGUAUUGUUUUUAUAAGGUUUAAAUGUAUUUAAGGAUAAAUUCAAGUACAAUACACAGCACACAAUUGUCUUCAGCCCCAGGCCCAGAGUUGUGCUACUGUGGCAGUGAUAUUAAUCAUCAGUGGGCCCCUACAUCACAGUGUUGUCCCCCAGCAUUUUCCUCUGAAGUGGAACUGGAAGACUCCCAAACAGAACAUAACAGUAGUAAAGAAGAGCUACCUAAUACCUGUGUGUAUGACAGUGACGUAGACCUAUUUGAUUCACCGACUAAACAGUGCAAAAGUGAUUUACCGGACUCCGGGUCUGUCAGUAUCAGUGAACUUGAGGAUAUCAGCACUGACACUGAAUUUAAUUGCUCCUGCAAUACUGUAAUUUCUGGUGAUACUCUGUGGUGAUACAGAAAUCUCAAAUAGCACUUCUGACAAGAAGAAUACAGACAACUGUCAGCCUUGUCGGAACUGUGAACUGUUUAAAGAUAAAAUAAAAGACCUUGAAGGUGACAAAUGCCAAAACUGCAUUAUCUUGACAAGAAAGAUUGAAGAACUUGAAAAGAAACUGGCAUUGUACGAAGGAAAGGUAAAACACAAAUACAUGUCAGCUUUGUUUGUGCUUGUAUGAUAUCCAUUAGUAUUUCAGUUUAUAGCAAGAUGAAUUACAGCUUCUAAAUUUUUAACAUAUAAUUAUUUAAAAAAAAAACAUUCAGUUGAAUUAAUCUGUUUUAUACCAAGUGGAGUUGGAAAUAGUUUUUGUCUGUACAACUGCUAUAUUCUGAAAAGUAGCUGAAGUAGUAUCUAAAAUGGUGACAGCUAUUGUUUGUGUAGAUGUAACUUGUAUAUAUUCAUUUUAGUGUUUUCCUCGGACAUUUUAAAUAAAUUUGUGCCUUAGGCAUUUGUAAUAAUUCAGUUAAUGUUGUCAAAUUGUAUGAAAAUGUUAGCAACCUAUUUCACUUAUUUAUAUUUUCACUCUCGAUAAUAUUGGCAUUGUAGCCUGAGGAAAACACUACCAGCUAUAUAUAUAUAUAUUAACCUUUUCAAUGUAGUGCACUUAGAUUACCCUUUUCCCUUUUAAUUUCUUCCUAAUAUAAAUAAAUGUCUUUUCCUAUUACAUUACAUUGCUUGAGACAAACAAUAAUUAAGGAGAAUGGUGACUUACUUGUUAACUAAAAUCAUGAUUUUUGUGAGGAAGCCUUUAGUAGAUUUAAAAAGACAUUCAUAUCAAUGUGUUGUCAUGCAUCAGUUUAUAUGGCAAUGUAAGUGCUUUGGAACACUGUGUUGCACACUGCAGAUUGCCUUUUUCACUUGAAAAA